GCGUUCUUCCGCUGACGGACACGGGCAGGAGAAGUUGAUGUCCACGCCCGCAGACCCUGGCGCGAUGCCCCACCCGGGGCCUUCGCCAGGGCCCGGACCCUCCCCAGGACCGAUUCUGGGACCCAGCCCCGGGCCAGGCCCAUCCCCAGGCUCCGUCCACAGUAUGAUGGGACCCAGCCCCGGGCCUCCGAGCGUCUCGCACGCGAUGCCGACGAUGGGGUCUGGGGAUUUCUCCCAGGAAGGGCUGCAUCAGACGCAUAAGCCCAUGGAUGGGGUACAAGACAAGGGGAUUGCCGAAGAGACCCACUGCGGCACCUUGAAGAAUGCUGGGAUGCGACCCCCACACCCAGGGAUAGGUCCUCCCCAGAGCCCGAUGGAUCAGCACAGCCAAGGUUACAUGUCCCCGCACCCGUCUCCGCUGGGAGCCCCAGAGCAUGUGUCCAGUCCCAUGUCCACCGGAGGGCCACCAGCUCCCCAGAUGCCGCCCAGCCAGCCAGGGCCGCUCAUCUCCAGCGACCCGCAGGCCAUGAGCCAACCCAGCAGAGGCCCCUCGCCUUUCAGCCCGGUUCAGCUGCACCAGCUUCGAGCUCAGAUUUUGGCCUACAAGAUGCUGGCCCGUGGCCAGCCACUCCCUGAAACACUGCAGCUCGCCGUCCAGGGGAAACGGACACUGCCGGGCAUGCAGCAGCAGCCGCCCCCUCCGCCCCAGCCCCAGCCGCCAGCCCUCCUGAGCUUCAACCGAGUAUCCGGCCCAGGGCCCGAGAUGAGUGGGCCCAGUGUUGCACAGAAGCUUCCUGCACCCACACCCAGUGGCCGGCCCUCGCCCGCGCCCCCCACCCCUGCGCAGCCCCCCGCGGCCGCAGUGCCGGGACCCUCUGCGCCACAGGCAGCCCCGGGACAGCCGUCGCCCGUCCUGCAGCUGCAGCCGAAGCAGAGCCGCAUCAGCCCCAUCCAGAAGCCGCAGGGCCUGGACCCCGUGGAGAUCCUGCAGGAGCGAGAGUACAGACUGCAGGCCCGCAUCGCACACAGGAUCCAGGAGCUGGAAAACCUGCCCGGCUCCCUGCCCCCGGACUUACGGACCAAAGCCACCGUGGAGCUGAAGGCGCUGCGGCUGCUCAAUUUCCAGCGUCAGCUGAGGCAGGAGGUGGUGGCCUGCAUGCGCCGGGACACCACCCUGGAGACGGCCCUCAACUCCAAGGCCUACAAGCGCAGCAAGCGGCAGACGCUGCGCGAGGCCCGAAUGACGGAGAAGCUGGAGAAGCAGCAGAAGAUCGAGCAGGAGCGGAAGCGGAGACAGAAGCACCAGGAAUACCUGAACAGCAUCCUGCAGCAUGCGAAGGACUUCAAGGAGUACCACCGCUCAGUGGCCGGGAAGACCCAGAAGCUUUCCAAGGCGGUGGCCACCUGGCAUGCCAACACAGAGAGGGAGCAGAAGAAGGAGACGGAGCGGAUCGAGAAGGAGAGGAUGCGGAGGCUGAUGGCCGAAGACGAAGAGGGUUACAGGAAGCUGAUCGACCAGAAGAAGGACCGGCGCCUGGCCUACCUCCUGCAACAGACAGAUGAGUAUGUGGCCAACCUGACCAGCCUGGUGUGGGAGCACAAGCAGGCACAAGCGGCCAAGGAGAAGAAGAAGAGGAGGAGGAGGAAGAGGAAGGCCGAGGAGAACGCAGAAGGAGGGGAGCCUGCCCUGGGGCCGGACGGAGAGCCCAUCGAUGAGAGCAGUCAAAUGAGUGACCUGCCGGUCAAGGUGACCCACACGGAAACAGGGAAGGUCCUCUUCGGAUCGGAAGCUCCCAAGGCCAGCCAGCUGGAUGCCUGGCUGGAAAUGAACCCAGGCUACGAGGUGGCCCCUCGGUCGGACAGCGAGGAGAGCAGCUCUGAUUACGAGGAGGAGGACGAGGAGGAAGAGUCUGGGAGGCAGGACACGGAGGAGAAGAUCCUUCUGGACCCCAACAGUGAAGACGUGUCGGAGAAGGACGCCAAGCAGAUCAUUGAGACGGCCAAGCAGGACGUGGACGACGAGUACAGCAUGCAGUACAGUGCGCGGGGCUCCCAGUCCUACUACACGGUGGCCCACGCCAUCUCGGAGCGCGUGGAGAGGCAGUCGGCCCUGCUCAUCAACGGCACCCUGAAGCACUACCAGCUGCAGGGCCUGGAGUGGAUGGUGUCCCUGUACAACAACAACCUGAACGGCAUCCUGGCCGACGAGAUGGGCCUGGGCAAGACCAUCCAGACCAUCGCCCUCAUCACCUACCUGAUGGAGCACAAGCGCCUCAACGGGCCCUAUCUCAUCCUGUUCUCCCUCCGCAGGACCCUCUCCAACUGGACGUACGAAUUUGACAAAUGGGCUCCCUCCGUGGUGAAGAUCUCUUAUAAGGGCACUCCCGCCAUGCGCCGCUCCCUCGUCCCCCAGCUGCGCAGCGGCAAGUUCAACGUGCUCCUGACGACAUACGAGUACAUCAUCAAAGACAAGCACAUCCUCGCCAAGAUCCGCUGGAAGUACAUGAUCGUGGACGAGGGCCACCGCAUGAAGAAUCACCACUGCAAGCUGACCCAGGUCCUCAACACCCACUACGUGGCUCCAAGAAGGGUCCUCCUGACCGGGACCCCGCUGCAGAACAAGCUGCCCGAGCUCUGGGCCCUCCUCAACUUCCUGCUCCCCACGAUUUUCAAGAGCUGCAGCACCUUCGAGCAGUGGUUCAACGCUCCCUUCGCCAUGACUGGAGAACGGGUGGACUUGAACGAGGAGGAGACGAUUCUAAUCAUCAGGCGUCUGCACAAGGUGCUAAGACCCUUUUUACUGAGGAGGCUGAAGAAGGAAGUGGAGUCCCAGCUUCCAGAAAAGGUGGAGUACGUGAUCAAGUGCGACAUGUCAGCCCUGCAGAAGAUCCUGUACCGUCACAUGCAGGCCAAGGGCAUCCUGCUCACGGACGGGUCUGAGAAAGAUAAGAAGGGGAAAGGGGGCGCCAAGACCCUCAUGAACACCAUCAUGCAGCUGAGGAAGAUCUGCAACCACCCGUACAUGUUCCAACACAUCGAGGAAUCCUUUGCCGAGCACCUGGGCUAUUCAAACGGAGUCAUCAAUGGGGCGGAGCUGUACCGGGCCUCGGGGAAGUUCGAGCUGCUGGACCGCAUUCUGCCCAAGCUGAGGGCAACCAGCCACCGGGUGCUGCUCUUCUGCCAGAUGACGUCCCUCAUGACCAUCAUGGAGGACUACUUCGCUUUCCGGAACUUUCUCUACCUGCGCCUCGACGGCACCACCAAGUCCGAGGACCGCGCGGCGCUGCUGAAGAAAUUCAACGAGCCGGGCUCACAGUACUUCAUCUUCCUGCUGAGCACCCGGGCCGGGGGCCUGGGCCUCAACCUCCAGGCGGCCGACACGGUGGUCAUCUUUGACAGCGACUGGAACCCCCACCAGGACCUGCAGGCGCAGGACCGCGCGCACCGCAUCGGGCAGCAGAAUGAAGUGCGUGUGCUCCGCCUCUGCACGGUCAACAGCGUGGAGGAGAAGAUCUUGGCCGCCGCCAAGUACAAGCUCAACGUAGACCAGAAGGUGAUCCAGGCCGGCAUGUUCGACCAGAAGUCCUCGAGCCACGAGCGGCGGGCCUUCCUGCAGGCCAUCCUGGAGCAUGAGGAGGAAAACGAGGAAGAAGACGAGGUCCCAGACGAUGAGACGUUGAACCAGAUGAUUGCCCGGCGUGAAGAAGAAUUCGACCUGUUCAUGCGCAUGGACAUGGACCGGCGCCGGGAGGACGCGCGGAACCCGAAACGCAAGCCGCGGCUCCUGGAGGAGGACGAGCUGCCCUCGUGGAUCAUCAAGGAUGACGCCGAGGUGGAGCGGCUGACCUGCGAGGAGGAGGAGGAGAAGAUCUUCGGCAGGGGCUCCCGCCAGCGCCGGGACGUGGACUACAGCGACACCCUCACGGAGAAGCAGUGGCUGAGGGCCAUCGAAGACGGCAAUCUGGAAGAAAUGGAGGAGGAAGUGCGGCUGAAGAAGCGGAAGAGACGACGCAACGUGGUGGAGAGAGACCCCGCCGUGAAAGAGGACGUGGAGAAGGCCAAGAAGCGGCGAGGCCGGCCUCCGGCGGAAAAACUGUCCCCCAACCCCCCCAAACUGACCAAGCAAAUGAACGCCAUCAUAGACACGGUGAUCAACUACAAAGACAGGUGUAACGUGGAGAAGGUUCCCAGCAACUCCCAGUUGGAAAUAGAAGGAAACAGCUCCGGGCGGCAGCUCAGCGAAGUCUUCAUCCAGCUGCCCUCCCGGAAGGAGUUACCUGAGUACUACGAGCUGAUUCGGAAGCCCGUGGAUUUCAAAAAAAUUAAGGAGCGGAUCCGGAACCACAAGUAUCGCAGCCUGGGGGACCUGGAGAAGGACGUCAUGCUGCUGUGCCACAACGCUCAGACCUUCAACCUGGAGGGCUCCCAGAUCUAUGAGGAUUCCAUUGUCCUGCAGUCAGUAUUUAAGAGCGCCCGGCAGAAAAUCGCCAAAGAGGAGGAGAGCGAGGAUGAGAGUAAUGAGGAGGAGGAGGAAGAGGAGGAGGAGUCUGAGUCUGAGGCAAAAUCUGUGAAGGUGAAGAUCAAGCUCAAAAAGAAAGACGAGAAAGGCAGGGAGAAGGGGAAGGGCAAGAAGAAGCCGAACCGAGGCAAAGCCAAGCCUGUCGUGAGCGAUUUCGACAGCGAGGAGGAACAGGACGAGAAUGAACAGUCAGAAGCCAGCGGGACGGACGACGAGUGACCGCCGGCCAGGCGGACGAUUGCUUUCUCCUUAGAGCCCAGUUCCCACCCCUCCUUCCUCUCCUCACUGGGACCCAGUGAGUUCACCUUGUCAUACGGUCACCGGACCCUUUCGAGCCCAUCCAUCCUCAUCUAUAAAACUAGCUUUAGGAUAGUGCCAGACAAACACGAUAUCACGCGUGAAAAAGAGAGCGAGCGAGAGAGAUGAAAACGCGUAUGGGCGCGCACACACACAAACACGUGUACCAUGUUGUGACCACACGGGCCUCAAAGAUUAGAACCAACAAAACAGACACACGGGGGACAAAAAGCUUCCGAUGGCAAACCCAUGGGUGGUCGGCUGUCUCUGGGCCGGGGCUGGUUUGCGGACUGGUGAAGGCGCCCGCAGCCAGGGGCCGGUGUGGUUUUGCGGCACAGACAACCGGGUGAAGCCGCUGGUGAUUUUAUUUCCGUCAGGCAGUUCUCGAAGCUUCUGUUUGUUCGGUGCCGUAUCCUUCCGUGGUCUUCGUGGGUUUGUCUUUGUUUUUGUUUUCACGCUGUGGCACAGUGAGCGGCUCGGAUAGGCAGCCCUUGACACUCGCUAGAUUCCCCUGCACCCCUAUCUUUCGUUCUAGUUCGGCCCAACCAUCUAAGAAAGAAGCGCUUUCGGAAUUAUAUACGAUUGAUGUCUCCUGUCAACGUCGACCUUGCUUUGACUUUUCUUCUUUUUUUUUGGCUCUUGAUUUGGGGGGUGGGGGGAUAAAAAUGUUUCUGUUGACAACACAAUUGAAUAUUGCAAUCUCUAAAAGUGUAUCGGAUGGCUUCCUGUGCCCCCUGACCUCCUGUGUUAUCAAUGUGUGUUGUCUCCUCCUUAAAGUGUACUUAAUCUUUGCUUUCUUUGCACAAUGUCUUUGGUUGCAAGUUAUAAGCCUGAGGCAAAUAAAAUUCCAGUAAGUUUCCGAGGCUGUGGUGUACUGGUGCUUUCCAAAUAAAGAGACAAUGUAGCUCAAA